UUCGCCCUCUCCAACUCGGCGGCCAUCCGGGCCGAGAUCCAGCGCUUCGAGUCCGUGCACCCCAAUAUCUACGCCAUCUACGACCUGAUCGAGCGCAUCGAGGACUUGGCGCUGCAGAACCAGAUCCGGGAGCACGUCAUCUCCAUCGAGGACUCGUUUGUCAACAGCCAGGAGUGGACCCUGAGCCGCUCGGUGCCGGAGCUUAAAGUGGGCAUUGUGGGGAACCUGUCCAGCGGGAAGUCGGCCCUGGUGCACCGCUACCUGACAGGGACCUAUGUCCAGGAGGAGUCCCCCGAAGGGGGUCGGUUUAAGAAGGAGAUCGUGGUGGACGGCCAGAGUUACCUGCUGCUGAUCCGGGAUGAAGGCGGGCCCCCCGAGCUCCAGUUUGCCGCCUGGGUGGACGCCGUGGUGUUCGUGUUCAGCCUGGAGGACGAGAUCAGCUUCCAGACGGUGUACAACUACUUCCUGCGUCUCUGCAGCUUUCGCAGCGCCAGCGAGGUGCCCAUGGUGCUGGUGGGCACGCAGGGUGAGCGCGGGGCUGUGGCCGGGCGGCCGCGGCCUCCAGUCGUGUCCGUCUCUAGGGUGCAUCUUGGGACCUCCCCCUCGUCGCCGUGGUCGGGCCACCCCCACGUCCUCCCCGCCGAGGUGGCCGGCGCCCUGGGCCCGGGACGCGCCCCUCCCGUGCUCCUGCGCGCUGUCGCUCGCCAGCCGCAGGCCCGGGGGCACCUCUCUGGGAUCCGUGCUGGUGGCCCCCACCCCGCCAGCAGUCCGGCCUGGGCUGGCCCGCGCCCCGAGGGGCUGCACCAGCGCUCCUGCUCCGUCUCCAGCGCUGACCAGUGGAGUGAGGCGGCUGCCCUGCCCCCAGCCAGUGGCCCAGCUGAGGUGCUCAGUUCCAGCCCCAAGCUGGAGCCUCCCCCAUCUCCCCACUCCAACCGGAAGAAGCACCGGAGGAAAAAGAGCACCGGGACCCCCCGACCAGACGGCCCCAGCAGUGCUGCUGAAGUAGAUCCAGACUGGGCCAGCCUGAACCUGGGCGCCCUCAUGUGCAUUGAGUGCUCGGGGACCCACCGACACCUGGGGGCCCACCUGUCCCGCGUCCGCUCGCUGGACCUCGAUGACUGGCCGCCUGAGCUGCUGGCUGUCAUGACCGCGAUGGGCAAUGCCCUGGCCAACAGCGUCUGGGAGGGGGCCCUGGACGGCUACGCAAAGCCAGGGCCGGAUGCCUGCAGAGAGGAGAAGGAGCGCUGGAUACGGGCCAAGUACGAACAGAAGCUCUUCCUGGCCCCGCUGCCCAGCUCGGACGUGCCGCUGGGGCAGCAGCUGCUCCGGGCCGUGGUGGAGGACGACCUGCGGCUGCUGGUGACGCUCCUGGCCCACGGCUCCAAGGAGGAGGUGAACGAGACCUACGGAGACGGCGACGGGCGCACGGCCCUGCACCUCUCCAGCGCCAUGGCCAACGUGGUCUUCACGCAGCUGCUCAUCUGGUACGGGGUGGACGUGAGGAGCCGGGACGCCCGGGGCCUGACCCCGCUGGCCUACGCCCGCCGGGCCGGCAGCCAGGAGUGCGCAGACAUCUUGCUCCAGCACGGCUGCCCUGGAGAGGGCUGUGGCCUGGCCCCCACCCCGAACAGAGAGCCGGCCAACGGCGGCACCGCCUCCGCCGAGCUGCACCGGAGUCCCAGCCUCCUGUGAAGGCCCAGAAGAGGGCAGCGGGGGGCGGAGGACUCCGUGGCCUGGGGACCCUCCUCCCUCAGGGCCUGGGGGAGACAGACAGACGGAGACGCAGGGACACGCAGAAAGGAGGGGGAGAGGACACAAGGGAGCGUCCGAGACGAGAGGCGCGUCGGGCCGAGCCGAGCGAGCAGGCGGGCGCGGCCCUCUGCCCGGGUGCCGCUGAGCAGGGACAGGACCCUUUGGAGGCGCCGCGAGGAGAGGGGAGCGGGACCUCUCCCUCCUCCAGCGCCCUGCCUUCCGUUGCCAGCCCCUGCAAGCCUUCAUCCUAAAAUGGAGACUGGGGAGGGCACGGAUUGGGGGUGCUGGCGGAAGACGGGGUGAUCUGCGAGUCCCGUGUAAAUUUGUACAUUGGCGUAUUUAUGUUUGUGUACAUACUUGGCGUGUGUGAGACGAGCCAAUAAACCAGGCUGUGU